UCAACGACGAGGAAAGAAAUCCUUGUGGAAUUCGCACGUGCCACGACCCCAACCCUCGCACGUGCCAUUUACGACCCAAACCCCCCACUCUCUCUCCUACUGCAAACAUAAAAUCAUACAUUUUCUUGACCAUUUUGCUUUGGUUUUCAGCCAAAAUUUCCACCAUUUUCUAGGUAGACUUGAAAGUCUUGGAUUGAUUUUCCAGAGACUUUUCGUUCAAUAUUUGCUAAAGGAGAUCGACCGGUCUUCCGUUUAAUAUUUCUCAAAUCUCUUGUAGAAGCUCACGAUGUCGAUAAAAACUGUCAAGGUUAACAACGUUUCUUUGGGAGCAAAUGAGAGAGACAUCAAGGAGUUCUUUUCUUUCUCUGGUGAUAUUGAAUAUGUCGAGAUGAUGAGUGAUAAUGAACGAUCUCAAAUUGCAUAUGUUACCUUCAAGGAUGCGCAAGGAGCCGAGACUGCUGUCCUCCUCUCGGGAGCUACUAUUGUUGAUAUGUCGGUGACAAUUACUCUGGCUCCAGAUUAUGAGCUGCCACCAGCUGCUUCAGCACCCCCUGUAACAGAAAAUAAGGCUCCUGCAGGAGGUGAAUCGGCAAUUCGUAAGGCAGAGGAUGUGGUUAGUGGCAUGCUUGCUAAGGGAUUUGUAUUGGGCAAAGAUGCUGUUAACAAGGCAAAGACUUUUGAUGAGAAACACCAGCUGACAUCAACAGCCUCAGCCAAAGUUGUUUCUUUGGACAAAAAAAUUGGGUUAACUGACAAAAUAACUGCUGGUACUUCUUUGGUGAGUGACAAAGUUCGUGAAGUGGAUCAGAAGUUUCAGGUUUCAGAAAAAACCAAAACAGCUUUUGCAGCUGCUGAGCAGAAAGUUAGUGAGGCUGGAUCUGCCAUAAUGAAGAAUCGUUAUGUUUUCACUGGGGCAUCCUGGGUUACAGGUGCUUUCAGCAAGGUUGCCAAAGCAGCAGGAGAAGUCGGUCAGAAGACAAAAGAGAAAGUGGGAAUAGUUGAAGAGGAGCAGAAAAGAAAAAUAGUGGAUGACUAUGCCCAAGUUCAUCUCUCCGAGUCUCCUAAAGCAUCUGCACCGAGUGAGCCGAAGCAAUCAAAGCCAGAACCUGCUCAAGGUUUGAUCCUUUGAUUUGAACUUGUGUAAAUUCCUUGAAAACAUUUGGAUUCAGUUGUCUUUGAUAGCAUUUUUCUUCUAGCAUGAAGUGGCGAGUGUAGGACAUUUACCAAAUUACUUGGACAAAAGCUGCAAUCUAUGUUUUUUUACCUUUCAUAAGAAAAAGGUAAAAUAAACAAAACUUACUUUUGUGA